GCUCCAUACUGUUCAGGCUCACAUGGCAACCAGAGCAAUGAUGUUUCCUUGGAUUAUUUUCUUGGCCCCUCUUUCCCUCCUACGCCAACACGUAUAACAAAACCUUGCACUUUAAAGAAUUUCGCCAACUUUUUGAAGUCUUGCGAAGUUUACCUUCCGCUUUUAUUAUUAGGAUCCUUUCUACCGUCGUGCAUUUUCUGGCGUCGGUGCAUCUCAUUCCUACUUCUUAUUUUGACUACAACUGCUGAACUUGCGACCAAUCCCGAUUGACGAACCGCUUGCUCCUACCGACCUCCGUGCCCACCCCACGGCCGUUGUCCCGAUCGAUAGAAGUUGCGCGUCAUGGCCGCCAGCGAUGCGCAACCGGCUUUCGGGCCGGAAGAGGUGCUUCAAGCCAUGUUGACCAUGAGGGGUGGGGCUACAGAGAAGAGAAAGAAGGAUGCACACGAGUACCUUGAACUUUUCCAGAAGUCGCCGGCAGCAUGGACCACGAGCAUCACGAUAUUACAGUCGAAUGCCGAAGCAGACGUCAAGUUAUUUGCGGCGACGACGCUCAGGGGAAAGAUUACAUACGAUCUCACAACUCAAGUGCCUGCAGCUGAGAUUCCGGCCGUGCGAACUCAACUACUAGCACUCCUGAAACGGUUUGCGCCGGGACCGAAGCCGAUAAGGGUGCAGCUAUGUGUAUGCCUGGCUAUCUUAGCCAUACAGAUGCAGGAAUGGAAGGACGUUCUUCCCGUCGUGGUAUCGUCCCUCGGCAACGACGCCGAAAGCCACACCUGCAUCUUGGACUUCCUUAGAGUUCUACCGGAAGAGGUGACCGAGGGACGCAAAAUCACCUUGACAGACGAAGAACUCGCCCAGAGGACCAACGAACUGUUAGAACAGAAUGCUCCGCAAGUCGUGCAACUCUUAAUCAACUACGCUCACUCAUCUCCCGCUUCCGCUACGAACCCUCAGCUGUUCGAUUGCAUUACCUCGUGGUUACGCGAGGUUCCUGUGAACGACAUCGUCAAAUCCCCGCUGCUAUCUAUCGUCUUCAACGCUCUCGAGGCCGAUUCCUCUUUCCAAGCUGCCGCAGACUGUAUUUCCACAAUGGUCAGAGAGACGAAGGAGAUAGACGACAACAUUGAAACUAUUCAAAUACUCCUUCCGCGAAUUAUUGCUCUACAACCAAAGAUUCAGAAGGUGGUUGAGGAGGAAGACGUUGACUCCUACAAGGCCCUUACUAAGCUAUUUGGCGAAACUGGAUCAUCAUGGGCUGUUGCCAUAGCCCGCGAACCCACCCACUUCAGACCCUUAGUCGACGCUGUCCUUGAGUGCGCAGCGAGAGACAAGGAUAGGGAGGUCAUCGAAUUCACCUUCGACUUUUGGUAUGAUCUUAAGCAGUACCUAGUCUUGGAAAAAUACAUUCAGGCCCGCAUGAAUCUCCUCGACGUCUACGCGAAGCUCGUUGACGUUCUGCUUAAGCACUUGGAGUAUCCCGUGUCCGAAUCUGGCAACGAGAAAGAUCUUUUUGACGGGGAUAGAGAAGCCGAGGAAAAGUUCCGCGAAUUUAGACACCUUAUGGGUGAUACUCUUAAGGACUGCUGCGAGAUUAUGGGUGUUUCUGAGUGCCUCGCGAAGGUUCACGAUGCUAUCAAAGUAUGGAUGCAGAAAUACGCUAGCUUGGCGAAUGAUACAUCCGUUCCCCAUUGGCAGCAACUAGAGGCCCCCCUAUUCUCCAUGAGGGCUAUGGGCCGCAUGGUUACCAAGGACGAGAGCACAAUUCUGCCACAGCUCAUGCCGCUUCUAGUUCAAAUGCCGGCUCACGAGAAGCUACGUUUUGCGACGAUUAUGGUCUUGGGCAGAUACACCGAGUGGACCGCUGCUCAUCCCGAAUUCCUUCACCCUCAAUUUAACUACAUCAUAGAAUCUUUCAACGCGAAUUCGAAGGAAAUCGUGCGGGCUGCCGCGAUGGCGAUCAAAUACUUCUGUACUGACUGCAAGCAUCUCCUAAGCCAGCAGGUUGUUCAACUCCAGGAAUUCUACAAUCUCAUUCUAGAUAAACUUCCCGAGCUCAGCCAAGAAGAGAUCACCGAGGGAGUUGCGACCGUUGUCUCCGUUCAACCGAAGUCCGAGAUCUACAGGCUUCUAAAGCUUUUCUGCGAUCCUCUAAUCGAGCGAUUGAUGACAAAGGCGAACAACGCAGCAGGCAAGGACGAUAAUGAAGGGAAGCUCGCGGUCGCCGACCAUCUUCAAUUGAUCACGCUAUUUGCUCAACACGUUGUCGUCCUUCCCCCAGUCGAGCGUGGCGAAGAGGAUCCUGCUGUUAAAUACUGGCAGGAGGUUUUCCCGAUCUUAUCCAAGGUCUUGGAAAGCUUCCUUAACUUUCCUCCCAUCUGCGAGAGAGUCUGCCGAUGUUGGAGAUUCAUGGUGAUCUCGCACCGAGGCGCCAUGGCACCUAUUCUUCCGGAUAUGGCAAAUCAGUUAGCAAGUGGAUUUGCUACAUCAAGACAGGGAUGCUUCUUAUGGGUUACCGGAGCGAUUCUGCGCGAGUUUUCUGACGAUCGAGAGCACGUAGACCCGGCGAUGACGGAGGAUAUCUACGUCUUCUUCAACGCUCAGGCCACCAACGUCCUACGCUUCAUUACGGAGGUGCCGUCACUGGAUCUUCCGGACGUCAUAGAAGAUUUCUUCCGCCUAGCCGUGGACGGACUCUUGUACUACCCUCAAAAAUUUAUCCCUUCGCCCCUAUUCGAACCAGUGUUCGAAGCUGCUUACUCCGUUCUCGUCCUGCAACAACGCGAGCCUCUUUCCGCUACCCUACAUUACAUUCGCGAUGUCCUUGGAUGGGGUACCGCAUACCCACCAUCAUCCUACGAACAUCUUUCGGCAUCGGAAGCUCAGGUACUAAGAGAGGCCGUGAAGCGUCUCGUCAUAAAGGAAGGAGAGAUGUUGGUUAAGCGCUUGCUCGCCGGCAUGAUGAUUACUUUCCCGAAAGACUGUUUUGCGGAUGCUAGUGGUGCCCUUCUCACGUUAUUCGAGAUAUUCCCGAGUGAGACGACAACAUGGGUAGACCGUACGCUCCGAUUACUACCUGAGGGCACUGUCACAUCGACGGAGGUGGACCGUUUCAUGGCUAAGAUUAGAGAUAGACUCUCUACCAACGAUUCUGGAGAUGUCCGACAGAUACGCUCGAUUCUGCAGGACUUCACUAACACCUACCGACGAAGAUAUGUCGCGCCUCGUGAUGGUUUAGGGGCACUCGAGGGAUCGCGUUUCCGAUUCUCAGGUAGCUUCUGAGAUUAAGUAACUGAAGUCGUCCCUUUCCGCACCAUCUAAGAGGAGUAAAUGGAUAUCACCGAUGGGGGUCUACGUACGAUGAGGGGCUCGAUGCCGACGAGUUAGACAACGAGAUGCUGUAUGAUGGCUAAGGGGUGAAUGAUUUGGGAAAUGUUUAUUAGUCAGGACCUUCCUGCAGCUGUGUAAUCUGCAGGAAAAAAAAGUAGAUAGGUAUAAUCUCAGUUCGUUGGGUUCGGAGCGGUGGUGGCGUAGAUUCGGGAGUGAGACGGGAUGCAAAAUGAUACCUAACAACAGUAGCUCUGCUAUGAUCGCAGAUCGUCUAAGGCGGGUCGUCGCCCAGAGAUUGAUUGUACAUAUGCCAACAUUUACUUAGCAAUAGCUAUUCACAACUAUUGCGAAGAUUCAAGAAAUUGGCCGUCUUGGUAGUACUAAGGGCUUAAUCAAUCAAUAUUGUGGUAAAGACAAA